GUAGUUUUGUUUUUAGUUACCAAAAUGCGUCUCUACGUUGGUUUUCUAUCGGUUUUGGUUCUUACUUUUCUGAUUGUGUUUAUCACUUGUGCUGAUUCAUCUGGAAAGUCCCGAAAUCGCGAAGAUCGAUUUGAUCUAGAAAACGAGCGAUUUAAUAAUCAAGGAAGUGACGAAAUAAUUGCGCCAUGUGAAAGUACGGAUAGUGUGGAAAUCGAUAGCUGUCGUCAGGGGAAAAAUACAGGGGAGUAAAUACCCCAAGAGAAAGACAUUUAAAUUCGAUAUUUAGCAAUAACAUUCGAUAAUACUGUACUAAAUAAAAAUGUAUAAAAUACAAA